UAUCUGCAGCGUGUGGUGUCUCUGAGCCUACAGUCCCAGCUCACGAAACCAUCCUGCUCUUUAUCCUGGUAACACUCCACUCUCCAGCUCUCUAGGAAAAAGGGACAUUUUGUCUGAAUCAUUUCAGGGCUUGCCAGUGUUUAAGAUUGCAAUUAAUCUGCAGAUAUUUUCAAACAGAAAAGAUAGAUUUGUAAUUUUUUUUUUUUUAUCUGUUUGCAUUCGACAUAUCUCUUUCAUACAAGGUAAUACUCACUGGUUAUUUAUAUUUUAUAGAAUAAUUUGUUGGAUUAAAUGUUUCAUAUCACAAAAGGUAUUUAAUAUACAGUAGUAUUUAUUAUGAAAGUAACCAUUACUGAUUUUUACAGGAAGGUUUACACCGUACUAUUUUAUAGGAUUUUGUGGCAAAUGUUAAACUGGGUACAUUAUUUGAAUUAUGGUUAUGUUGUUUUAUUUAGAAUAAUUGCACUGUUUUUAUUUGUUUUGAUGACUUGCUAGUGCAGUGGAUGGUAUAACUGAUUAUUGUGGAUUUGAUAUCUUCAAACCAAGUAAUUAUAGGUCAUGCUUACCUGCGAAUGGUUAUACACAGUGGAUGGUACCGUAGUUGUAAAUGUUGCAAAAAAUGUUGACGUUUUUGUACUUUGUUGAUUUUGUACCUCUUCAAGGGAACGUUACGUUUAUGAGCCAGGAGUAUUGAAUUCCCAUGAUUUCAUGCAUAGUUUCCUCGUGUAAAAUAGCUGUAAAAAUCAUGUUUUGCACUUAAAAUGGAAGGCAUAAGGGAGCAUCAACCUUGAGUUAAAUGCCACGUGUUUCACUCGCCGCGCACAGAAUAUUAUCGACAUUUCUGUCACCAUUUUUCUCAGGCCCUCCCACUUCCCGUGAUUCUGCUGGACGUAAAGGCCUUUUGGUUCUUGAGCUGUGCGUCGGUUGUAUUCCUAAUGUAUUUCUGUGAGGAGGUGAAGGUGAGCGUCACACUUCAGGUGUGACACAGUUACAGGGAAUAGUGCAGGUUCCUACUGUAGAGCAGUACGGGGGAUGUGGGUGCCCCCUGCUGGAGAAACAGCGUAAUCACCCAUUCAUGAGGCUCGUUCGGUAACAGAAGUAAACGGCUCUGCUGUAUUGAAACGUAGGGCAGUAAAGGUGCUGAAGGGGCUGUGUGUUACACUGGCGACCGUGAUGCAGCUGUUUGAGCUCCAUUAGCUGUGCGCUGGAGUUGAGCUGAAACUGAGUGUGUCCGUUUUUUGGCAUGAAUCAAAUAAUGCAAGUGAUUCUGAACGACUGGACAGAGCUCUAGAGCCAGUGCUGUCCUGUCUGGACCAGGUGACGACCCAACCAGCUGCAUGUGUUUUAUAGUUUCGGGGGUGCAGGGUGUGAGGGUCGGGCGGAGGCGGGGUUGGGGGUGCAGGGCGGUGACUCCACUCCGUUUCCCAGCAGGGCAGGGCAUACAGGAGGGCGUAUUGAUACCGACUACGGACAGCUUUUGCGGAGCCUGGAAGUAACUGUCAGUAUCUUUGUGUGUCUGUAGUGUGUAUGAGUGUGUGUGUGUGUGUGUGUGUGUGUGUGUGGGUGAGUGCGUUUUUGGUGCGCUUGCUUUGCGCGAGUGCUCCAUGUUUAAGUGUAUGUCCAUAAGAGGACCGGUGGAGCAGAUGUGUGUGUACUCCUCCUCUUCUCCCUCCCUCCUUCCCUCCCUCCCUCCGUAGUGCACUUUCUCUAUUCCAACCGAAUAAGCAAUCCUUUAUUUUUCAGUCUAGGACGUUCUAGCUUAUCAAUUGCAAUGUAAUUGUUCGAAUAAUUUAUUAAAGCAAAACGAAGAAUAAUUCAUUAUGACCAUGAUAAUUGUAUAUCAGUAUAUUGUCUUAAAUGUUAAAGAUAAAAACUCAAAUCGGCCAAGGAAAAGCUAGAUGUGCUUUGGCUGGUUGACCGGGGGGCGGGGCGGGUAUUAUUUUCCUAAUCACACACUUGGGGGUAUGCCGGUUAAUUUGUAUUAUUUGUAAUUUGUACAGUAGCUCUUACAGUAAUUCCCCUGGGUUUUAUUUCCUACCCCCACCCUCAACACCCACCAGAGCAUGCGGUUAUUUUUUAUGAAGUUGUAAAUCCAUGUGUUGGGUCCCUAGUACUGAAGACCAUGUCAGCCUGGAUGUGCAGUAUGGUGAGAUGUAACAGCCUCAUUAAAACCACCUUUUCUUUAA